AUGAAGAUAACAGAGACUUUAGUGAACGGCAAUGGAACGACUUCGGUAGAAAGCUGUUACUCCAUACCGGCAAACAACAUGUCCGGUGGGUCGCACGUGUCGAGAGGAACGUUUGGGGGUGCGGAGUCGGAAAUAUCCGGGAGCAGUGCCCCACCGCUGCCUAGUCCGGCCUCUGCGGGGGCUGCGCUGGUGUCACCGGAGACUCUGAGCCGUCACAGUAGCCCACCGCCACUGCCAGCACACCCCUCGCAUCAACAGCCGGCGCCGUCUUGUUCUUCACAUCACGUGCACAUGGAAUCACCUUUAAGGUUGUCGAGCCCGCAGUCCAUGUCGUUGGGGGGCUCGUUGUCUCUGCAGCCGGUGCUUUAUGGCUCAGGUAGUGGAGCCCCGUCGCAGCCGCCUGUGCCUCCGACGAGGCAUCCCUCACGCCCCUCCGCCUCCAUACCGAAUAUGCAUAUUAUAAGCGCGGGUGACGCGCUGGCUACAACUCUAUCAGCGUUAUAUGGAAAACUUUUAGUCGUUAUGGGGGUUGCAUUUCCCAUGGCUGAAGUGAUUUCGACUUACAUCCCUCCUUCUUUUUACGAGGGUUUCUACCUUUACUUGUACAUCGGCAGCAUGGUCUUUCUUCUAUACAUGUAUGCGGCGCUUCUGCGGGACAAGUCCAGAUCGGCAGCCGAUAAUAAGGUUGUGGAAAAGUCAGAUACGAGUUCUUCACCAUCGGAGUCGGAUUCGUGUUCAUCACGCACGGAGAGAAGCACGGCGACGACGGCAGCUCGCGUGCCGCCACGACUUUCUGCGAAGCGGUUAUCGCUAGGCUUCGCCCUCGCCACCCGAACGCACCACUAUGGCAGCUUCUACUUGAGAAUGGGCGCUGUUGCAUUCGGUAUAGGUUCGAUGAUCUACUCGGGACUGGAGUUCGGCCAGUACUGGGAGCUGGAGAGAAACACAAACUGUCACAACGUACUGCUCGCCCUUACGCCCGCGACGAGGAUGAUCUUCAUAUUCAUACAGAUGUAUUUUAUCUUUCUAAACAAUGAGAUGAAAGUAUACAAGCAUAAGAUAGUCGCGCGUUUCGGACUGAUGCACAUGAUAGGGACAAACCUCAGCGUCUGGCUAAACGUCCUCAUACAGGAGACGAAACACGAGAUCCUCACCUUCUAUGAUCCCGAGAAUAAAACCAUUGGAUUGAAUCAUCGGCUUGAAUUCCAAAAGACGUUUGCAUCUCUGGCAACAGAAGUGCCUCCUUCGCACCCUGCUGCAGCUCACCUUCGCGUGCCACGGGGCUUAAAAGGCCCUCAUCACAUAUUUGAAUGUCGUCGAACGAACAUUAUGGGCUCCUUAGUGCAAGAUGCUUCACCGUUCCUCUUUCCAUGCACCAUUGAAUACUCUUUGAUAUGUGCCGCUAUACUAUACGUCAUGUGGAAAAACAUCUCCAAAUAUCCGUCGAAGGAUGUGGCAGCUGCUAUUGCUAAAGCUCGGUUACUUGAAGGUCUUGCUUAUAAGAAAUCUCCCCAUUUGUAUAGUGUAGAUUGUGCAAGAGCUCACAAAGGCCUAUUCUUCGGGAUACUAGUGUUAGUUCUUACUAUUAUCUCACUUAUACUAUUCUUCGUGCUCAUAUCGAAAAAGGAAUACGCUACACUGGCUGUCGUGGAAGUAAACGUAUGUGAAUUGACUUUGUAUGCUAUGACGACCUUUGCUAGCCUAGCUGGUAUGGUCUGUGUCAGAAAUUUAAAGUACGACGGAAAUCGUAAUCUUGAGUUGGACAACAUUUUGCUAGUCGGCGCACAAACGGGAAUGUUCAUUUACGGAACAUUUACUAUAAUUGGGGGACAUUUCACUAUUGAAAAAAACACAAUACUAAUACUGAUAACAGCGUUGUCGUCGUUAGUACAGACGACAUGUCAGACGAUGUUCAUUUUAGAUGCGAGCCGGAGAUCGGCGAAAACACCCGAACAGUUACGAAAGAAGCCUGGGAGGGAGAUCGUUACCUUCCUCCUCGUGACUAAUUUGGCGAUGUGGGCAAUCAACACUCUUGAAAAGUCUAGAGCGGAAUCACAUCCAGUCCAGUUGCACUUCUACGGUCUGUGGGCUUGGACAAUCAUAACGCACGUGUCAAUGCCUUUGGCGAUUUUCUAUCGAUUCCAUUCAACAGUUUGUUUAUGUGAGAUCUGGAAACGGGCUUACAAGAUGAAGCCGGCUUAUAUGUAG